UUUUUAGCAUCGCUCAUCUAACGCGUUUCAAACUUCUAUCUACACUGAAAGUAUAGAGAGGACAGCUUUUGUCUGUAUCUCAUAUACCGAUACUGUGCGGUGCGUUAUAUGAAGCUUCGCUUUACUGUACGCCUCUUUAUUUCUUGACAAAAUUUCGAAGCAACGGACUUUGUAUUUUACCCAUACCCCUUUAUUCUCUAUUCAAAAUGAAUACAUCAUCAUUGGAUUGGGCAGAUGAAGAGGAAUACGGUAGUUCUUUGCCAUCCAUUCAAACUUUUGACAACCCAGAUGGCACCAAGACCAUGAUUGAGUUCCGCCUGGACGACAACGGCAAAAAGGUUAAGGUUACGAGAGUAAUUAAGAAAACCGUUGUCACCGAACGCGUACAGCAUGCUGUCGCUGAGAGAAAGAAAUGGGAAAAGUUUGGACAAGAAGCAGGCAAGGCCGGUGGUGUAGACACCAGAACAACCAGUGUCGGAGAAAACGUUCAAUUACGCCUUCAACUUGGAUGGACUACUUCGAAGGAAGAAGAACAGGAAGAGGCUGCUUUGGCAACUGCCAAGGUCAAGGCCAAGAGUGGAUCUGUUGUACGUUGCCGUGCUUGUAAAGGCAGCCAUUUUACUGCUCAGUGCCCUUAUAAGAGCAUUAUUGGGCCCGUUGAUGAACCUCCUUUGGAGACUACUCCCGCUACCAACAGAAUCACUGGUGCAUUGGGUGAGAAGCGCUACCUUCCUCCACAUAUGCGUGGUACUUCUACCCGUGAAGGAGGUGACUCUAUGUUCAAGCGUGAGCGUGAUGAUAGUGCAACUCUCCGUGUUACCAAUCUUUCGGAUGAUACCCGUGAAGAAGAACUUCGUGACUUGUUCCGCCGGUUUGGUGGUAUCCAACGUGUAUAUUUGGCAAAGGACAAGGAAACUGGACGUGCCAAGGGCUUUGCUUUUGUCAGCUACUAUGAUAGAGAAUGUGCCAUUCGUGCUCGUGACCGUUUGGACGGAUUUGGUUGGAACAACUUGAUUCUUCGUUGUGAAUUUUCUAAGCCUCGUGAUUAAGCAUCUUUUACGCGUUUCGAUCUACGAUAAAAAACAUUCUCUUCUAAGGAUCUGCGCUUUCUAAUUGGAUUUACAAGUUCUUAUUGUUUUCUUAUGCGCACCUGAUCUUUGUAAAUCUUUUGGAAACUCUUUUUUAGCUGUUUUAUUAAUUUCUCCUGGUUUAUGCUUGUACUGUACAAGAAAUUCGUUCCAUAUUUUCAAUGAGCAUGUGGAAGAUUCGUUUAUACAUUUUGGGUUCUUGAUGUAGGUGACCAACUUCUUUACUUAAAAAUUUUAUCUAUGUAAUCAAUGGAAUCACGUUUCGCUCCUUUCUGUAUGUAUACGAAUAAAGAAUAAGAUAUGUUGGCUCGGCUCUUUGGAGAGUAAUGCUGCUAACAAUUUCCAAGUAAAA